GGACUCAAUACAACAAAACAACAGCUCGUCGUUACCUCCCCGUUAUAUAAACAAAGACGUCACGACUGUUUUGUGCAAGGGGAGUGGCACGUCUCGCACCCAAUCAACAGUCUGUGGCCCCUCCCUCCCUGUCGGUUCCACAGGCUGUAUGGUCGGUUCACCGCCCAGACAGUCGCUAGUGUGUUCGUUUUGUACACCGCAGAAUCCCGCAGCAGAAAGUCUAACAUUUUCUGAAGGCACACUUAAAAAGGGAUAAACAAGGUGUAAUAUAUAUCACCUGUGGGCGGUAACUUUUGGAAUUGCACAAUGCACAGACUGCAGGUUUUAAAGGAAACUUUCUGCGGCAUGGAUGUCGUCCAACAGCGUCUCCUUAUCGGCUCAGCUGUAGCAGCAGGGGGUAUACUGGCAUACAUGGUGCACAAACGAAGACAAGUGAAAAGUAUCCCACUUGGUGAAGGAUGGUUUGGAGCAGGAGAGAAGCCACUGUCAGAGGAUACUAAAAUCUAUCCCUUUACAGUGCAAACCUCAGAUAAAGAGAUUGAGGACCUUCAUAAGCGCAUUGACAGAAUGCGUUACAGUGAUCCUUUAGAAGAUAGCGGCUUCCAGUAUGGCUUCAAUUCCACUUAUCUCAAGAAAGUGGUUUCCUAUUGGAGACACAAGUUUGACUGGAAAAAGCAGGUGUCAGUUCUUAACAAGUAUCCACACUUCAAAACUAAAAUAGAAGGCUUGGAUGUGCACUUCAUCCAUGUGCGACCACCACACCGCCAGAAUCAGAAGGUUCUGCCGCUGAUGCUUGUUCACGGCUGGCCAGGCUCCUUCUAUGAGUUCUACAAGAUUCUGCCACUUCUCACAGAGAACCAGGAUGGUGUAACAUUUGAGGUCAUAUGCCCCUCCAUCCCUGGCUACGGCUACUCAGAAGCCCCUCAUAAACAAGGAUUUGACAGUCUCGCUGCUGCACGCGUUUUCCUGACGCUGAUGGAGCGUUUAGGAUUCUCCCAGUUCUAUCUGCAGGGAGGAGACUGGGGCUCCCUCAUCACCACUAACAUGGCACAGAUGAAGCCUCAAUGUGUGAAAGGACUCCACUUAAACAUGUUGAACUCAAGAAGGGGGUUCAAAGUGAUGUUGUCUCUCAUCAUUGGUCCCUAUCUUCCCUUCCUCGUGGGUUUAACUCGAGAAGAUGUUCGCCGGAUGUUCCCUUUCUUUGAGAAGAAUGUCUGGAACAUCCUCAAGGAAUCAGGCUACCUUCACAUUCAGGCCACUAAACCAGACACUGCAGGCUGCGGAGUGAAUGACUCUCCUGUAGGCUUGGCGGCCUACAUUCUGGAGAAGUUCUCCACCUGGACUGAUAUGAGAAACAGAGAUCUGCCUGAUGGUGGGCUGGAGAGGAAAUUCAGCCUGGAUGAACUCUUGACCAAUGUCAUGAUCUACUGGACCACAGGCUCCAUAGUCUCCUCCAUGCGCUUCUACAAAGAGAACUUAAAGAGUAAUCCUGACCAUAGAGUGGAUGCAAAGACUGGGAUAUUUGUUCCCACUGGACUUGCAGCCUUCCCUGGGGAGCUGAUGCAUUGCCCCAAGUCAUGGGCACAAACUAAGUAUCGGAACAUCUACUCCUACACUUUCAUGCCACGAGGUGGUCACUUUGCUGCCUUUGAGGAGCCCCAGCUGCUAGCUAAAGACCUCAUCCAGUUUGUCAAAAAAGUGGAGGAGUUCUGAACCUGUUGAUGCACUCUCAGACUGAAGUUAAUUAUUAAUUGAAUUAUCUGUUCUUUAUUGUUGCAGUUGUGUUUGAUUUUGAUUGGUGAUUUUAAGUGGGAUAAAAACGCACAUUCAUGUUCAAGUUUGUUUUAAUGCUACUAUGUAUCUCAUUUGUUGAUUGCCUCCAAAAUUGUAGCACUCAUUUUUAAUAUUU